CCACUGCUCACAAGCAGGAGGAGAAUUGCUUGAAGAUACAUUGAGACCUGAACCUGGGCUGGUUUGUCUGCUAGCCAGUACUUCGCAGCUGUCAACCUGAAUUGCAACUAGCAGCUACUGUAAGUAGCUUCUGUGCACUAUGAAGAAUUUUUCAUUUCCUAUGCAGGAUAACGCACAUCAGACUGAGAGUCCUCCUCACAGAUUCCUGAGUUUGAGAAAUCAGUCAGAUCCUGUUGGAAGAGCAGAAAGAGAUGAGCAAUUAGCUCAAGUAGAAAUUGCUGUACUGGGGGUCAUAUUUCUGAUAGCAUCUGUGGGCAAUUUUAUUCUCAUACUGGUGCUAUGGCGGAGAAGAAAGAAGCUCUCUAGGAUGUAUGUAUUCAUGCUUCACCUCAGCAUCGCUGACUUAGUGGUAGCCUUCUUUCAAGUGCUGCCUCAACUCAUAUGGGAUAUUACAGAUGUUUUCAUAGGGCCAGAUUUCUUGUGCAGAAUUAUCAAGUACCUACAAUUGCUGGGCAUGUUUGCCUCUACUUAUAUGAUAGUGGUCAUGACAGUGGACAGAUACCAAGCAGUUUGCUACCCUAUGGUCACUUUCCAAAAGAAGAGAGCCCUCUGGAACAUCCCCAUUUGCACCAGCUGGUCUGUAUCACUGAUUCUUAGCCUACCACAGGUAUUUAUCUUUUCUAAGGCUGAAAUAUCUCCAGGUAUCUUUGAAUGUUGGGGUGAAUUUGUUCAGCCAUGGGGCCCAAGGGCAUAUGUGACUUGGAUUUUUGUAGUUAUAUUCUUCAUUCCCUCAGUCAUCCUUGUCACAUGCCAGGUUAAGAUUUGCAAAAUAAUCAAAAGAAAUAUGUAUGUGAAAAAACAGAAUGAGUACGAAGUAACAGAUCAGAAGCAAGUCCUGCCAUCUCGAGCAAACAGUGUGAACUGUAUUUCAAAGGCUAUGAUCAAGACUGUAAAAAUGAUGGUGGUGACAGUUGUUGCAUAUGUUCUCUGUUGGUCACCUUUCUUCAUUGCACAGCUGUGGUCUGUGUGGUUUCCCAGUGUCCUGACAGAAGGUUCAGCGUUCACCAUUAUCAUGCUCCUUGGCAAUUUAAAUAGUUGCACCAACCCAUGGAUUUACAUGUAUUUUUGUGGCCACAUUCCAUAUUGCACAAAGAAGCGUUUGGAGAACAGCUCAGCUCAAGAGGAGUCAGUGAUCACGGGGAGCAUUCAUCUUGUAGAUAGGGACCCUGAGGAAAACAGUACCUCUGCAUAA